UGGAGCUUCGACCUACGCUUUUUCCAUCCGUCGCUCUCCUUCUUUCUCCUUUCAUCAUUCAUCAAUCCCUUCUCGCUCACUAUGCGCUGUUCGAUUCGUUCGUGAGACAGCGCAAGAAACCAUUUUUAAUCUCUCACCCUUUCUUCAUCCCAGCUCACUUUAGUUCCUUCACGAAACGGAGCAUCAAGAAAGCUGCAGUUCCUGCGUGACACAGAGAGAGAGAGAGAGAGAGAGAGAUCUAGAGAGAGGAGAAAAAAGAGGAAGCGAGAAAUCAUCGUCUCUCGGAGAGAGUUUCAGCUCCGAUUACCUCCGGAUCAUGGGGAGCAAAUUCCGGGGCUACUACUACGACGAGCCUUCGUCGGCCGGCGGCGGCGGGUACAGGAGGGACAGGGAAGGGCGCAAGAAGCGGCUGACGGCGCAGAAGAAGAAGGAGAUCAAGGAGGCGUUCGACCUCUUCGACAUCGACGGAUCAGGCACCAUUGACCCCAAGGAGCUCCACACCGCGAUGAGAGCACUGGGUUUUGAGAUGACACCAGAGCAAAUCAAUCAGAUGAUCCGGGAGGUGGACAAGGACGGCAGCGGGACGAUCGACUUCGACGAGUUCGUGCACAUGAUGACGGACAAGAUGGGGGAGCGCGACGCCAGGGAGGAGCUCAGCAAGGCCUUCCGGAUCAUCGACAAGGACGGCAACGGGAAGAUCUCGGAUGUGGACAUCCAGCGGCUGGCCAUCGAGACCGGCGAGCCAUUCACGAUCGACGAGGUCAGGGAGAUGAUCGAGGCCGCCGAUGAGAACGGUCAGAUUAACUGUUUCUUCGCCCACAGCAUUUUUGUCUUGGCUUGGAUUUCGGGUGAUGGCGAGGUCGACCACGAGGAGUUUUGCAACAUGAUGAAGAGGAUAGGGUUUGGGGCCUGACAGGAGUUUUCCAAACAUAUUAACUCUUGUUUCAUAUUAUCUUAUCUCGAUGCUAAUAAAUUUAUAUAUAUAUAUAAAACAUACAUAUGUACAAUCGAUAAAUCUAGAUCAAUCGAAAUAUCUUAUAAUAUGAUGAGAUAGAUAAAGUAAUUAAUUACUUAAGUACACACAGAAUGAUGCUGGGUUUUAGGCACGACGUACCGACUGUACUAUGUACUAUAUAUGUACGCAGGCAGAUAGCAUCGUAUAUUUGCAGUAAGUUGAUUGUGGAAAUGAUGUACACAGCAUAUAAUUGUACAAAUACCAAGUAAAUAAACACAGGAAAAUAUAUCGCGUGAACGUCCGCGCACUAUAACGCGCGAAUACAUAAUUUUUUAAUUAACUUUUUUUCUUAACGCUUUAGCUUAUCUUUAAUUUUUUUCUCUGCCACACCAGUGUGUCUCCAUAUGUUUUUGGGACCGGCCUAUAUUUCUACGUAGAUCAAUCUA